AUGAAAUCUCGAGUGUUCUGGGAUCAAUUAAUAAUUAAUGAGGGAAGCAGGACUUUUGGCUUGGGCUUGGCCGGUGCAGUACUGGGCCUGAAAGCCGGCAACCAGAGUGCAAGCGCUGCCGCUAGAAGGCCACCGCCGCCGCCACCGCCGGAGGAGAGGAAGGACCCAAGUGUCAGUGGUGUUCAGGCAAAGGUGUUGGCCAGCAAGAAAAGGAAAGAAGCCAUGAAACAAUCCAUGGCGAAGCUAAGGGAAAAGGGAAAGCCCAUCGUCGAGCCAUCCGAAUAG